UGAAGAGGCGAACAGACCCAGAAUGCACUGCUCCUAUCAAGAAACAGAAAAAAAGAGUUGCAGAGUUUGCCCUGAACCUCAGUUCCACACCCGAUGAUCAGCCUUCCUCCUCUGUUAAUCACGCAGUGAAAGGAAAAUACACCACAACUCAGCCAUUACCCAGGCAUAAGUAAUCUGCAAGAAAUCACCAACCAAAAGGACACAGGAGAUUGAAAUCUCCAUCAAAACUUGGCCCCAGAUGCAUAAAUCCCAGCAGAAAAAAAAAUCACUAAAUUUAUGAAUAAACAAGGCAAUGCUUUCCUCAAAAAUGAACAACUCCACAAUAAAGGACCUACGUGAAAACCAAGAGGAAGAAAGCUCAAUAAAACCAUGAAAAGAAUGGUCAGUGAAAUCAAGGAAGUGAUGAUUGAAUACCUGAACCAGUUCAAACAGGAUACAAACAGACAACUAGAGAAUUUAAACAAACAGCUGAAUGAAAUAAAGAAAAUAAUGCAGGUUAUGAAAGAGAAAUUGAAUGAAGAUAUAGAAAUCUUGAAAGAGCCAAAUUGGAAUCCUGGAAAUGAAGAGUUCAGUAGCUCAAAUAAAAACUCAAUUGAAAGCAAUAGAAACAGAACAAGUUGAAAAUAGGGUGUCCGGGGUUGAAGAUAAAGCAGAGGAAUGUCUCAAACAGACAUUGCAAAAUCACUUCGAAGAAGAUACAAAUGGAAUUUAUAAGACCACUCGGACUCCAUCAAUAGAUCAAACCUACAAAUCAUGGGUAUAGGAGAAGAAAUACAAACUAAAGGCAUUGAGAGCCAAUUCAGUAGAAUAAUAGGAGAAAACUUGUCUAACCUCAAGAAACAAUCCAGGUGGAGGAGGCCUACAGAACACCAGACAGGCACUGUCAGAGGAGAAACACCUCUUAGACACAUACUAGGUAAAAAAUUAAACAUACAGAAUUAAAGAAUAUUGAAAGCUGCAAAAGAAAGGAGACAAGUAACUUACAAUGCACCUAUUACAAGCCUUAGUGAGUCUGACAGUGAGACUGAAGGGAAACAGCCCGGCUCUGCCUCAUCGGAUGAUGCGUUCAAAGCAGACUCCCUUGUGGAGGGAACAUCUUCCCGCUACUCCAUGUACAAUAGUUUCUCCCAGAAGCUCAUGGCCAAGAUGGGCUUCAGGGAAGGCGAAGGACUGGGCAAAUACAGUCAGGGUCGGAAGGACAUCGUCGAGGCCUCUAAUCAGAAAGGUCGAAGAGGCUUGGGUCUGACACUGCAGGGCUUUGAUCAGGAGCUGAAUGUGGACUGGCGGGAUGAGCCCGAGCCCAGUGCCUGUGAACAGGUAUCAUGGUUCCCAGAAUGUACCACUGAAGUUCCUAACACUCAAGAAAUGAGCGAUUGGAUGGUUGUGGGAGAGAGAAAGAUGGUUAUUGAAGAUGAAACAGAGUUUUGUGGAGAAGAGCUGCUUCACAGCGUGCUGCAGUGUAAGAGCGUGUUUGACAUCCUGGACGGAGAGGAGAUGCGACGAGCUCGGACCAGGGCCAAUCCCUAUGAGAUGAUCCGAGGAGUCUUCUUCCUCAACAGGGCAGCGAUGAAGAUGGCUAACAUGGAUUUUGUGUUUGAUCGCAUGUUUACAAAUCCGCGGGACUCUGAUGGGAAGCAACUAGUGAAGGACCGGGACCCUGAGCUCCUGUACUUCGCGGACGUCUGCGCAGGCCCUGGGGGCUUCUCGGAGUACGUGCUGUGGAGGAAGAAGUGGCACGCGAAGGGCUUUGGGAUGACUCUGAAGGGCCCUAAUGACUUCAAACUGGAGGACUUCUACUCAGCCUCCAGUGAGCUCUUCGAGCCCUAUUAUGGUGAGGGUGGGGUGGAUGGAGAUGGAGAUAUCACCCGGCCAGAGAACAUCACUGCAUUUCGGAAUUUCGUCCUGGAUAACACGGAUCGAAAGGGAGUCCACUUCCUAAUGGCUGACGGGGGUUUCUCGGUGGAGGGGCAGGAGAACCUGCAGGAGAUCCUCAGCAAGCAGCUGCUGCUGUGUCAGUUCCUCAUGGCACUGUCCGUUGUCCGUACAGGAGGCCACUUCAUCUGUAAAACUUUCGACCUCUUCACACCAUUCAGCGUGGGGCUCAUCUACCUGCUCUACUGCUGCUUUGAACGAGUGUGUCUCUUCAAGCCCAUUACAAGCCGUCCUGCCAACUCAGAACGGUAUGUGGUGUGCAAGGGCCUGAAGGUGGGCGUAGAUGAUGUGCGGGAAUACCUCUUCUCAGUGAAUAUUAAGCUCAACCAGCUGCGGAACACCACCUCCGAUGUCAACCUUGUGGUCCCCUUGAUGGUGAUCAAGAGAGACCAUGAAUUUACUGACUACAUGAUACGGUCGAACGAGAGCCACUGUAGUCUGCAGAUCAAAGCUCUGGCCAAAAUCCAUGCAUUUGUUCAAGACACGACCCUGAGUGAGCCUCGGCAAGCGGAAAUCCGGAAAGAGUGCCUGCGCCUGUGGGAUAUCCCGGACCAGGCUCGAGUCGCUCCUUCUUCCUCGGACCCCAGAUCCAAGUUCUUUGAGUUAAUUCAGGGCACCGAGAUCGACAUCUUCAGCUACAAGCCCACGUUGCUCACCUCUAAAACCCUGGAGAAGAUCCGGCCCGUGUUCGACUACCGCUGCAUGGUGUCUGGCAGCGAGCAGAAGUUCCUCCUGGGCCUGGGGAAGUCCCAGAUCUACACGUGGGAUGGCCGCCAGUCAGACCGCUGGGUGAAGCUGGACCUGAAGACAGAGCUGCCCCGAGACACCCUGCUGUCCGUGGAGAUCGUGCACGAGCUGAAAGGGGAGGGGAAGGCCCAGCGGAAGAUCAGCGCCAUCCACAUUCUCGACGUCCUCGUGCUGAACGGCAGCGAUGUUCAGGAGCAGCACUUCAACCAACGAAUUCAGCUUGCUGAGAAAUUUGUGAAAGCCGUGUCCAAGCCCAGUCGCCCUGACAUGAAUCCUAUCAGGGUGAAGGAGGUGUACAGGCUGGAGGAGAUGGAGAAGAUUUUUGUCAGGUUAGAAAUGAAGAUCAUCAAGGGCUCCAGCGGCACACCGAGGCUCAGCUACACAGGGCGCGACGACCGGCACUUCGUGCCCACGGGCCUCUACAUCGUCAGGACUGUGAACGAGCCAUGGACUAUGGGAUUCAGCAAAAGCUUCAAGAAGAAGUUCUUCUACAACAAGAAAACCAAGAAGUCCACCUUCGACCUCCCCGCAGACUCCAUUGCUCCGUUCCAUCUCUGUUACUAUGGCCGGCUCUUCUGGGAGUGGGGAGAUGGCAUCCGUGUGCACGACUCCCAGAAGCCCCAGGACCCAGACAAGCUGUCCAAGGAAGACAUCCUUUCCUUCAUCCAGAGGCACAGUGCCUGAGGCCCUGGCACCGCUGUGCCCCUGAGGUGGGCCGGGCAUGGGGCCUGUGGCACUGGUUCCUUCUUGGCCCGGCUAUGGGGAGAGUGGCCUCCCCACACAUUCCCUGGGAACCGUUUCCCCGCCAGGACUCGGCCCGAAGUGCUCGCGCGACAGCUCCCCGGGCAGUGCCCUGGGCGUGUGGGGCUGGGUGGCACGGCAGGGCGGUCGGCUGGGGCUCGCCUCCCCUCUGGACUCCUGUAGACUCACUUUUCUGAGUUCCAUGCACUGCCCCUGAGGGCGGCCAGGCCCCUGCUUUGCCCAGCUUGUGUUGGGCCCACCGUGAGAGGCCGGGCCUCCUGUUGCAAGCUGGCCAGGAAUAGCUGUUGUACAAAUCAAGGUUUUGUCUCUUGCUGUUUUGAUGCUCAUUCGUCUCCUCUCCGCCCCCCUGGAGUCCUCCCAGCCUGGACCUCUGGCAGUGCCGGCCAGCGGGAGGGAGGCUUGCAGGCCCGCAUUGGGAUCCAGGUGUGUGGUCUUCGGUACUGGUGUGGCUAGAACUCUCCCAGGCCCACCAGAUGCCAGGCAGCUCUCGGAGGGCAGGAAGCAACCUUGAAGACCUGCCUUUUACUCCCACUGCAGCAGGGGCCCAAGUGAGGGGGUACCCCGGCCCUCUGGCAAUCAUAUGAUCUCUGUCCUGCUACCCUCAUCUUGGCAGAGUUCUGAGGUGGAGGCAGCUGCUCGCUGCCCUUGUCCUUGCCAUUAGGAGAUCCAGUGGGCUUGCUUGACACGCGCCAGUCCCUCCCCUAUAGGGUGAGGGGGAAGCGGGCAGUGGCUCUGGGAAGGGGCCCCCGUGGUAGUUUGUAAUGGGAAAUGCCUCAGAGAUGGCGUGUCAGCUCCCCAGGGCCCCAUCCGUGUCAGACUGGUUUCCAUGGAGAUAGGGCACUGGGGCUCCUGUGGGGUUGGGAAGGAUUCCACAUGGGGUCCUCCAGCCGCUCCCCGCCCCCGAGAUGCUCCAUUUCCACCCAGUUCUGGGUAUGUCAGUGUCUUGCAGAAUCUUGGACUAUUAAAGAUAAACAUAUUUUUAA